AUGGGUUUCCAGAAGAAGACGGGAAAGGGUCGUCUUGACAAGUGGUACCGGCUUGCCAAAGAGAAGGGUUACAGAGCCCGUGCUGCUUUCAAGUUGGUCCAGCUCAACAAGAAGUAUGGCUUCCUCGAGAAGAGCAGGGUCCUGCUGGAUCUUUGCGCCGCCCCCGGAUCAUGGUGUCAAGUUGCCGCAGAGGUCAUGCCUGCCCAGAGUCUGAUUGUCGGUGUCGAUCUGUCACCCAUCAAGCCUAUCCAUGGAGUCAUCACUUUCCAGUCCGACAUCACCACCGACAAGUGCCGAGCCACGAUUCGCCAGCACUUGAAGACCUGGAAAGCCGACACUGUACUUCACGACGGUGCUCCCAACGUCGGUACCGCCUGGGUACAGGACUCUUUCAACCAAGCAGAGCUCGUCCUUCAAUCCAUGAAGCUCGCCACCGAGUUUCUCAUUGAGGGCGGUACGUUUGUCACCAAGGUCUUCAGAUCCAAGGACUACAAUGCACUGCUUUGGGUCUUCAAUCAGCUCUUCACCAAGGUCGAGGCCACCAAGCCCCCGUCCUCGCGUAAUGUCUCCGCCGAAAUCUUUGUCGUCUGCCGCGGCUUCAAGGCCCCCAAGAAGAUCGACCCCAAGUUCUUAGACCCCAAGUCUGUCUUCGCCGAGCUAGCUGAGCCUGCCCCCAACAACGAAGCCAAGGUGUACAACCCCGAGAUCAAGAAGCGCAAGAGAGGUGGUUACGAGGAGGGCGAUUGGACACAAUUCAAGGAGCUGCCCGCUUCAGAGUUCAUCAACACAACUGACCCCAUCGCCAUCCUCGGUUCCUACAACAAGCUGUCUUUCACAGGUGCUGCCAACGGUGACGUUGCCUUGGCUGCUCUUGAAAAGAUGCCCGAAACCACAGAGGAGAUUAGAAUCUGCUGCAACGAUUUGAAGGUCCUCGGAAGGAAAGAGUUCAAGAUACUGCUGAGAUGGAGACUGAAGGUCCGCGAAAAGUUUGGUUUCCCAUCAAAGAAGACCAUCAAGGAGCAGGAAGCCGAAGCCGAGGCUGCUGCUGCCGAGGAGACCGCCGAGGUCGAGGAUAUGGAUGACGAGCUGAGGAUUCAGGGUGAGCUCCAAGCCUUGAAAGACAGAGACAACACGAAGAAGAAGCGCGAGAGGAGGAGAGAGAACGAAAAGAAGCAAAAGGAAAUCAUCCGCAUGCAGAUGAACAUGAUGGCCCCUAUGGAUAUUGGAAUAGAAGAGGCGGGCCCUCGUGGCGAAGACGCCAUGUUCGCCCUCAAGCCUAUCGACCAGAACAAUGCCCUCUCCAAGGUUUCCAAAGGCAAAAUGGCUGUCCUCACUGAAGCUGAUGCCAGGAAAGAUCGCGACAGCGGCAUCGGAUCAGAGGAAACCGACGAAGACUCCGACGAGGAGGAGGACCGCCUAGAGCGCGAGCUUGAUGGCAUGUACGAGCAAUACAGGGAGAACAAGGCAGCUUCUGAUGCCAAGUGGCGCGCAAAGAAGGCGAGGCAAGAAGCCGACGACGGCGAAUGGGACGGUGUCUCGGGUGACGAGGCCGCUUCCAGUGGCGAUGAUAUGGAGUUUGAUCAGGAGAGCAGUGAUGAGUCAGACGACGAUGAACCCGCACCAAACAAGAAGUUGCUCACCGAUCUUGACGACACACCAACGGAAGCAGGGGGCCUGUCAAAACGUGCCAAGAGCUUUUUCAAUCAGGACAUCUUCAAGGACAUGCCUGGUAUUCUUGAUGAGGGACUCGAGGAAGGUUCUGACGCCGAGGUUGCCGAACCUGCUCCUAAGCCAAAGAAGGACAAGAAGGCCAGCAAAGAGUCGAAAAAGGCCAGCAAACCGAAACAAGAAGUCUUCGAGUCUGAACCUGCCUCAGAUGACGAAGAUGAUGGUGGCUUCGAGGUCGUGAAGAAUAAAGACCAGGAAGACGAUUGGGAAGACCAGGACAAGCGACUACCUGACGGACGCCUCGACAUCGAUAUCAUCACAGCAGAGGCCAUGACUCUAGCGCAUAGACUAGCAACAGGGCAGGCCACAAGGCACGACAUUGAGGACGAAGGCUGGAAUAAGCACGCUUUCAGGGACAGAGACGCAUUGCCUGACUGGUUCGUCGAGGACGAGGGCAAGCAUGACAAGCCGCACAAGCCUAUCACCAAGGCAGCAGCAGCAGCCAUCAAAGAGAAGAUGCGCGCCUACAAUGCCCGUCCUAUCAAGAAGGUGCGCGAGGCUCAGGCUCGCAAGAAGUUCAAGACUGCCCAGCGUCUCGAGAAGCUCAAGAAGAAGAGUGACAUGCUCGCUAACGAGGAGGGUAUGACCGAGAAGGAGAAGGCCGACGGUAUUGCCAAGUUGCUUGCCAAGGCAAGCCGCAAGAAGCCCAAGGAUCAGGUCAAGGUCGUCGUGGCUAAGGGUCUUAACAGAGGUGUACAAGGUCGUCCUAAGGGUGUUAAGGGCAGGUACAAGAUUGUGGAUUCUAGAAUGAAGAAGGAGAUGAGAGCGUUGAAGCGGAUCGCGAAACGCAAGUAG